UUUUCAGUUAAUAUCUAAAAAUAAGAUAUGGAAGGCGGAAAGAUUAAAGUAACCAACCCCAUUGUAGAACUUGAUGGAGACGAGAUGACCAGGAUCAUCUGGCAAGUUAUCAAAGACGAACUUGUUCUCCCAUACUUGGACCUAGAUAUUAAGUACUAUGAUCUUGGUAUCCAGAAGAGAGAUGAGACUGAUGACCAGAUUACUAUUGAAGCAGCUGAAGCUAUUAAAGAGUUUGGAGUUGGUAUUAAGUGCGCUACUAUUACUCCAGAUGAAGCUAGAGUUGAAGAAUUUGGACUUAAGAAGAUGUGGAAGUCGCCAAACGGUACUAUUAGAAAUAUCUUGAACGGAACUGUCUUCAGAGAACCUAUCGUCAUUGAUAAUAUUCCAAGACUCGUUCCAGGAUGGACUAAGCCAAUUAUUAUUGGAAGACAUGCCUUUGGAGAUCAAUAUAAAGCUACCGACUUCAUUGCUGACAAGCCAGGAAAGUUCAAGAUCCAAUUCGUACCUGAAGAUGGAUCUGAAGCCACUGAGUUGGAUGUCUUCGAAUUCAAGGAUAGAGGAAUCUUGAUGGGAAUGUACAACACUGACGAGAGUAUCAAGGGAUUCGCACACUCCAGUUUCAAGUAUGCUAUCAACAGAAAGUACCCUCUCUAUCUCUCAACCAAGAACACCAUCCUCAAGAAAUACGACGGAAGAUUCAAAGACAUUUUUGCUGAAGUUUACGAAGAAUACAAGGAAGAAAUGGAAAACAUCGGUAUCUGGUAUGAGCACAGACUCAUUGAUGAUAUGGUUGCCUACGCUCUCAAAGCUGAUGGAGGAUUCGUCUGGGCCUGUAAGAACUACGAUGGAGACGUCCAAUCUGACACUGUUGCUCAGGGAUAUGGAUCUCUUGGAUUAAUGACUUCCGUGCUUCUCUCCCCAACCGGAGCCGUCGAAGCUGAAGCCGCCCACGGUACCGUCACCAGACACUACAGACAACACCAAGAAGGAAAGCCAACUUCUACCAACCCAGUUGCUAGUAUCUUCGCCUGGACCAGAGGACUCACACAGAGAGCUAAGGUUGACGGAAAUGAUGCUUUAGCCAAAUGGUCUGAGACAAUGGAGUCAUCAAUCAUUGAGACUAUCAAAUCUGGAAAGAUGACAAAGGAUCUUGCAAUUUGCGUAGCCGGAACCUCCAGUGUUGAUGAGUCAACCUACCAAACAACCAACGACUUCAUCGCUUCUAUCAAGACUACCUUCGAUACCAACUGGAACAAGAUCAAGGACACUCUUUAAGCUAUAACUCCAUCUUUAAAACAAGC